CACCGGGUUGAAAUUAGUCGAGAAAGGGUUCGGCAAGGAGGACCUCGCGCUCUCUGUCUUGAUCGAUUUUCCCUUCCAAAUUGUGCUUGGAUAUCUCGCCGCGAAGUGGUCCAAAGGCGACAAUGCACUCCGGCCAUGGCUGUGGGGCUUCAUCGCCAGGCUAGCAUUCGCGGUGGUCAACAUGGGCAUUGUCAAGAACCUCCCCCAGCCAGUUAACUCAGCCUACUUCUUUUUGAUUAUCCUGACAACUGUGACCGGGAACUUUGCCUCAACUGUGCAAUUCGUCGGGAUCAGUGCUUUCCACACACAAAUUGCCGACCCUGUCAUUGGGGGAACCUACAUGACGCUGCUGAACACGGUCAGCAACCUCGGCGGCACUUGGCCUCGCUUUUUCGUCCUGAAGGCGGUUGAUUUCUUUACAAUUUCUAAAUGUGAAGCGCCGAGGUCCACUGGAACGCUUGAGAUUGGUGAAUGUAUUACCGACAAGGGUAGUGCAGCCUGCUCAAGCGCCCAUGGCAAGUGCAUCAUCGUCAAAGAUGGCUACUACAUCACCAGUACACUCUGUGUCGUUAUUGGCUUGGCGUUGCUCGUGUUCUACAUUUUGCCGAUCUGUAAGCGUCUGCAGCGAUUGCCUGUAGCAGCCUGGCGGGUUAAACAUGGCGGUGUCCAUUCGCAAUAGAUGUAUCUUUCAGCAAUAGAUUUGGUCUCUGUCGGAAAUUGCUUCCUAUCUGCGGUUACCAGCUACGGAUAUCCCUAGCUAAAGUUCAAAUAUUAUUGACCGCGUUCGCUCAACUGGGCCCCAAUACCCUGUUUCAUCUCGAGGCUCUCCAUAUUGUCCACAACACAAAUUAUGUCAUUAUUCCCGGCCUUCUGCUCUUGAAUCAUC